AUGAUGAUGAACGCCCUAUUGUUUACCGCAAUUCUGCUCAGCAUUUUUCACUCCUUUACUUUGGCUGCUCCUCGAACCCUGGGAUCCACCAGUCUUCACCGCCGUACCGACCCAUUUUUCCCGGAAGAACCGCCCUCAUGCCCCAAAUGUGCACAGGAUUACCCCAGCAUCAAUUCCUGUGCUCAAGCUGCUCCAGUGCUGGCUAAUUUCACCAACAUCAUCUUCAAUCCCGGAGCUUUCAUUGAUGUGAUCAAGUGCGCUUGCGCCGAUACAUUUCAAGCGGCCUUUCCACAGUGCGUGGACUGUUUCAUAAGAACAAACCAAACGGACGUACUCGAUACCCCGGAUCUCCCGAGCGUUUUGGAUGGCAUGCGUACCAUCUGUGGCAUGUCGAGCAGCAUCCUGGGCAAUGUAUCUGGGGCAAAUGGUGAAUUAACCUCGGCCAGCCCGACUCCGACGCCAACAGCUGUGCCUUCAAACAGCGCCAUCGAAUCUUAUCUGGUGAACCUCUUAUACGUUCUGCCUAUACCCCUUGGUUUGCUGGUGCUGUGA